AUUUGUUUCGCGUUUUUCUUUCGCGCUGUUUUUGUUUCCUACUUUGAAGAAGAAGAAGAAGAAAUGGUAGUGAACUUAUACCCUAUUUCUCACUACGAAUUCGGCCCCAAAGAGACCAAGGUUGAGAAGGACACCUCCGUCCCCGCUCGCUUUGAUCGUCUGAGAGAGAUCUUUCAAAAAGAAGGAAUGAGAACCAGCGUUGCAGGCGUCUUACUGGUACAAGAACACGAUUAUCCUCAUUUACUACUUCUUAAAAAAAUCGGAGAAACAUUCAAAAACCUUCCAGGAGGACGGCUCAAGCCAGGAGAGAAUGAAAUUGAGGGCUUGAAGAGAAAGUUGACUAGCAAGCUCGGUCCUAGGUUGCAAAAUCUUGUGCCUAACUGGGAGAUAGGUGAAUGUGUGGCAAGAUGGUGGAGGCCGAACUUCGAAACCUCUAUGUAUCCACACUGUCCUGCUCAUAUAAAAAAACCAAAGGAGUGCAGAGUGCUUUACAUGGUCCAUUUAUCUGAUAGUGAAUACUUUGAGGUGCCGAAAAAUCUAGAACUUUUUGCUGUUCCAAUAUUUGAUCUGUAUGACAAUGCUCAGGCAUAUGGUCCCGUUAUAUCCAGCAUUCCUGAGCAGAUUUCCAGAUUUGAGUUUAGAAUGAACAACUAAUGCAUAUUUGGAACUUCCAUUGAUUCUUCCAUGCUGAUAAAAUACCAUCUCCUUUGGCAUUUCAAGAACAAGGACCUAGUUAUUUCAUUCUUAUCGUUUGCAUAAACCUGUUGAAUGUUGAACUCGUUAGUUUCAAAAGAGAGAGUAGUCUAAGUUUUGGUCACUUUGUAUAGCUUUAGCCUUCUGAGAUGAUUUGUUAGUUCUUGUUAAUCCGUUUCUUGUACAUAUUACAACCAUGUACAGAUGUAUUUGUGUGACAUGAGGGUGCUGAUAUGUGACACAAGCAUUUGAUUUUACA